CCUUUUCUGCCUUUAAUGGUUUCCUGAGGUGUUAAUGUAGCAGGGAUGUUUGGAUAGUUCAUGCAAAGUCAGAAUGUGAUGUCACUUUUCGCCUGACCCCUGGAAUGCCUUUCAGUUCCGUAGAUGUGCAUGUCUGCAUCUGAAAAUAGCUCAAACCACACUAAUACUCCAGCAAGAGCCCUACUUUCCAUCUUGCCUUUUGCCUCCUGAAAGUGGAAUCAGACUUGGAUUAAACCUCGAGGGGAAGCCCAAAGCAUGUAAAGAAGAAAGGGGAAAUGUUCGGGUUUUAGGAACAAAUGCUGCUUUCUUCAAAUACGUGGGGCUUGAGAGACACUUCAUGGCUGAUGUGUGGAAGUCCCACAGCUUUAGUGACGGACGACCGAAUGGGGAGAGAAGCAGCUGCUCACUUCCUGCUGGAGGCCCCCAAAGCGCCAGUCCCCGCCUUCCAGACCGGAGGUCUCCAGCCCUGGUUGGUCGAUGCGUUCUGCAUUUAUUUGCUUCAGGUCUUGCUGAUGUACAGACAGCCAUCCUGCAGGUGGACUGUGCUCAGUUACAGGGCCAGAUGACUGUGAAUGGAACCAAAGGUGAUGCUCACACACGGCCAGGUCAUUUGCAAAGGUCCUUCUCCCCCGUCGGUCGCAUCCCCUCUCCACCUGUUUUUAGCCAGCAGAUGACUGCCCUUCAGAAAACCAGACUGACAGCUGUAGAAACCCAGAAGUCCAACUCUCCAGACGAUGGAAGAGGAAGUGCCACCAGCACGGGAACCAUGGAUGAAGUUCCCACCAUGGCCAGAACGGAGAGACCAUCGCAACCACCUCCAUUAACUGCUGCUACUGCAGGCAAACCGAAGCACUGGUAUAAAACCAUGUUCCAGGACAGUCACAAGUCUGAAAGGCAAGAUGUCCCACCCAGCCUGGCUGAGUCCCAUCUCACACCAGAAAGCAAAGCCUGCUGGUCACAGUCUAAAACCAAGUCGGACACCAUGGCUGCCUCGGGCGUGUGUUCGCCAUCUGUGACACCUCAGGAGAAGGAAGGCGGUGGCACUCGAGCUACAUCUGAACCUAAGAAAUGGAGACCUCCUGACAGGAAGGUGGACACUUGGAAAUAUACUGCUGAACCUAGCAGUGUGAACCAGAGAGAAGCAGAGAAGUCCUCACCUUUAGAGCAGGAGGAGCCUGCACACGACGCACGUACAGAUGACAUAGAUCUGGAAGACGAACCCUGGGUUAAAUUCUUUUCAGAGCUGGAAUUUGGACGCCCGCCUCCUAAAAAACAUUUGGAUUACAGCUCAGAGAAUCCUCCUCUGGGCCUCUCAGAGGUAACUGACCGCACCCCAGGCCCCCGCAUCUGUCAGCCUUCGCAGAAUUCCCGCUAUCAAUCCCCAGUAAACAGGUUUCCAGACAGGCCAUCCAGUUCUCUCCAAGCCUACACUGGAAGCUCAGCUGCUCACUUCUGGCAACGGCGAAAUUCAGAGCCUAUCAUCGGUCCGCAGCGAUUGCUGGAUGAUCAGAGUUCUGGGAGGUGCACGGAUCCUCAGGAAAAUGGCAGCGUCCUGAGAAAGCCAUCAGCGGAGCCCUUCACCCCUUCGUUGUCCAAAAUGAAGGAGAAGGACACCUUCAGGGGCUCACUUCUUCCUACAGUGGGACAGAGCAAGCGGCGGACGGCUGAAAAAGAUCAGAAAAAGCCUGCCAGAGCACUGUAUGACUUCAACGCACAAACAGCUAAGGAGCUGGCGUUUAAGAAGGGGGACGUUCUGUACAUCAGCAGAAAAGUUGACAGCAACUGGUAUGAGGGAGAGCACCAUGGACAGCUGGGAAUCUUCCCCGUUUCCUAUGUGGAGAUAGUCCUGGUGACAGAAAAAAAUCAGUCUGCCAGGGCCCCCAGCCUAGCUGAGGUACCAGACCUGGGGGAGGCGGUGGCUCGCUAUAACUUCACUGCUGAGACCAAUGUGGAGCUGCCAUUGAGAAAGGGGGAGAGGGUUACGCUGCUGAGGCGAGUGGAUCAGAACUGGUAUGAAGGAAAGAUUGCAGAGACAGACAGGAAGGGCAUCUUUCCCGUGUCUUAUGUCAACGUCAUCCAGAAGUCCCCCAACAAAAGGCUGGCACAGUAUGCAGAGCCCUCCUUAAUCCAGAGCUGCCCCAGUGAAGGAACAUCCCCUCUGCGGUCCUCCAAGGAAAGGCGAGAGUUCCUGGAAAAGUCCGGCACCCGCCCUUGCCUGAACAUCCCAUCCCCUACCUCGAGGCACAGGUCCUUGCAGUCAUCUAGCCCGACUAUCACUAACAACAGCAACUGGAUGUCGCUCACCCCCGGUCUUUCCCCUUCCAGCACACCGGCACCUACCCCUCCCCCUUUCCCCACAAACUUUCUGCCAAAUACAACCCUAGAUUCCUUUGGAAGCCUAACACCAUCAAACAAUCUUCCUGCUCUUAGGGAAGGUCACUUCAUCCCCAUCAAGUCAGCAAAGGCCUUCCGCUGCUCUCCUGAGCUUCAAUCUUCUCCGAUCCUGGCCAUGUCCUCCUACGCAUCUUCUCCUGCCUCUUCCAUGUUCGACUGCGACUACAAAUAUAGCAGUGGAGAUGAGUUAUUGCGCAAAUCUGUGGAAAAUCUGCCCAGCAUCUUCCUGGAAGGAACAGAGAUGAUUUCUACAGAACCAUCUACUAUGUGCAGCCCAAGCAUUUCUAGUGAUCUGGUGGCUAGUGCAUUAACUGAGGUGCUACCUUUCUAUAAAGCUAUAGAGGAAGAUGUUUGCGAAGAGCUCAUGUCAUUCAUCCAAGAGGCCCAGUCAAGGAAGGAAUUUACAGAAAAAGACAAAUUCCACACACAGGCAUCAGAUAUAACAGCGGAGCUCCCCAAAUUAUAUAUCGAGGAGGAUCCAUGUGAGAACACUGGAGACACCAAACUCAUUGACAGCAAAGGCUCAAGACAAGAGCAGGUGGACGCCUCCUUGAGUGGCCCUGUGGACCUUCCUGCCUUCGAACAUCCCACUGAGGCCAAAAUGUCACCCCCCUCUCCCUGUUCUACUCCUCCACUACCGGGCACCUCACAUCUCUCCCCCAUUCCAAACAAAUACCCCCCCCGACCAGAGUGUAGGUCCCCAAAAACGAAGCCUGCCUCAAAGCGAGAUGUCAUUGUGGUUGGUAAACCUCCUCGCAGUCCUGUAAUGUCUAGAAGGUUCUGUGGGUCACCUAUUAGAGGUUCAUCAUCUCAUAGGCGGGCUGCCUUCGGGCCUGAUUCGCUGCAGGGUGGAGGGGAACCGUUUCAAGCCCUGUAUAGCUACAUGCCUCAAAACGAAGACGAACUGGAGCUCACGGAAGGGGAUGUUGUAGAUGUCAUGGAAAAAUGUGACGAUGGCUGGUUUGUAGGCAUCUCCAGGAGGAGCAAGUUAUUUGGAACCUUCCCUGGAAAUUAUGUGAAGCGGCUUUAAAGUUAAAAUUUUAUAUGAAUAUUAAAUGGAUUCAUGUUUCAAUGGCUUGGCCAUGUUUUGGAUUACAUUACCUGUACAGGAUUAAAGAGCAAAUACAUUUUUUAUUUUAAAUGAAACUUUACUUUCAUGCAGACAACCUUAUCUAAUAAACGAUUCCAGUGAUAUGCUUGUUUUUAUUUAAGCAUGUCUGACAUGCAUGGUUGUUAGUGUUCUCAUAUUAUUUCAGAAAUAUUUUGUCUAAUUUAUUUUGCCAUACAGUAACUCAGUGUGCAGUGGCUUCAAAGCAUGAAUUGGAAAUUAAUUUUGUUAAAGUAUGACGUGAUUAUUUUUAAUACAUAAUAAGUUAUCUAUGUUUCUUUAAAUAUUGCUUUUUUGGAUAACUUUAACUGAAUUUCUGAAUGUAGAACAGGAAUUUUCUCAUACAUAAAGAGAAGGUUGCUUUUCCUUAAGUUGAUAGAUUCAUGAUAGAUGAAUCUGAGAUCAGUUGUAUGUAUCUCCUCUGGUUUUCUGUCCAUGGCGAUUAUCUUCCCAUAUUGAUUGCGUGCCAGUGUAGUUAAAAGCAACCAUUAAUUAGAAGCAACCAUUAAUUAGUCUGCAGGGCAACAGGAUCAUCAGACUGUCCUAGACAGUAAAGUAGCUGUCAGGAGAACAUCCCCACCUGCUGGUCUGGAAUUGCCAUGACAGCCUGAAGUAGAAGCAUAACUUCAAUUUCUUGGUGGGUCUCCAGUUUAAAGCAAAUAAGCUGAUAGCCAGGCAUAAAAUAUCGAGAGCAUGAUUUUUUGUUGUGUUUUUUUCCUUAUUAGACUUCACAACACAAGAGGAUUUCAAGCAUUCUUAAUGGACUGCAUGGUGAUAUGUAUAAUAUGUAAUAAAUGCAUCAGAAAAUACUAUAAUAAAAUGUUAUACACUGCUGUUAUGAAGGUUUUUGUGUAAUGUAGCAUGUGUCAUGGAAUCACCAUGGUCGACCACUUUGAUCCACCUGGAUUAUGCGCAGUCAGUAAUUAAAUGGUCACGGUCAACCUCCUGAACUGCUUUCACUUUAUUGCUUAAGCUGCUACAAAAUAUUAUUUUAUAUCAUUAAACUGUAUGUUAUAUUGCUGAUGGGAAUGGGCUGGGAACUUGAAAGAUCUUAGUAAGCAUCUUAUUUUUGUAUUUGACUGUCAGGUUUAAUUAAGACUCAUACUUAAUAUUUUAUACGCUAGGUUCCAUAGGUUUGUUUUCCAUAUGUAUAACUGUCAGAUUAAUAAUCUAGCUAUGAGGAAACUGGCAUAUUAAUUACGCACAACAUUUCAGCUUUGAAAUUUCCUUUAAAAUGUCAUUUAGAUUUGUUUUAUGCUGUUGGAUGGAGGUUCUCAUUGGGUGAACUGGCUCACUGAAACCUAUAGCUUGGAAAUAAUGCUUAGUACUAUGUGUGACUUUGUGUUAUAUAUGAUAUUUGAGAGGAUAAAUUCCAUUGAUUCAUGUCUCCUUUGCAUCAUCUUUGUUUCCAGGGCGGAAAAAGUAUAGAAUUUGUAUUGUGAAAAAUAAUCAUGAACAUUGCAUAAGCACCCAGGAACUGUUUCCGCCUGAGGGUAAAGCAACUGGUCAGUGACAUCACUGUCAUCUAACAAAUAAACACACCUUUAUUUUAUUCAGUAUGAGGGUUUAAGAUGUUUUAUUGUUAUGUGCAUAUAGUUAAAUUGAAUUCUUAUUUGCAUGUUUCCUGCAGACCAUGCUGCUAGAUAAUAAAAUAAAAGAAUCAGGA